AUGAUUGUCAUGGGAAUGCCAUCCUUUCCCUACAAGCUUAUUAUUCCACUAUUGUACAUGCUGGUGCUCUCCUUACCAAUAACAUCACAGCUGUUUCUACCAGCUGCACCUAUUCUGCUAUGGCUCUUGCUAUUUUAUUCAUGCCGCUUCAUCGACGUGUCUGCGCGUCCACACAUCUGGGUCUCUGUGUUGCCCACACUUGAGACCAUUUGGUAUGGUGCAAAUAUCAGUGACAUCCUCACACGCUUUGGACAUCCAUUUCUCGACGUGCUUGCCUGGAUCCCAUACGGCGUCGUCCAUUUCAUGGCUCCCUUUAUUGUUGCUGCCUUUAUCUUUGUAUAUGCCCCCGAAGGAAGUGUGAAAGUGUUUGCAAACUCGUUCGGAUUCAUGAACUUAAUGGGCGUCAUUGUGCAAAUCGCUUUUCCAUGCGCCCCGCCAUGGUAUGAGCUCCGCGAGGGCCUCUCGCCGGCGAACUACGGCAUGCGUGGUUCACCCGCUGGUCUCGCCCGUAUUGAUGCUAUAUUUGGUGGUUUUGGUUAUACCAUCGCAUUCAGCAGUGCGCCUGUCGUCUUUGGCGCAUUUCCCUCUCUGCAUGCUGCCACAGCCACAUGUGAAGCCCUGUUCCUCAGCUACUUCUUCCCCGUGAAAUUUCACUUGGGCCCGUGGCGCUUCGAUGCGCGUAUUUUGUACUGGUCAUACUGCUUUUGGCUUUACUGGUCGACCAUGUACUUGAUGCACCACUAUCUCAUUGAUCUUGUCGCCGGUGGCUGUCUUGCCACGUUCUCUUUCUACUUCUUCCGCACCGAGGAGGUUCGUGAUGCGAUGGAACGUCGUGAAGCUUUGAUGGAGCAAGCUGAACGCGAAGAAUCUGGUGAGCCUGAGGAAGAGGUGUUCUCACUCGAAGAGGCUCCGUUUCGCCACUCGUCCAAUAACGCCACGUCGACGCAUGCUGCUUCCUCCGCGAACCAACCAGCUCAGGCACGAUCCCACGGAAACGCAAUAUCCGAGAUGCCACAAGAGCCACUUGAACGAGACCCAAUUUUUACACUUGAAGAAGGCGAUGCUGAGUCGCCCAACCAUGAACCUUCUCAGAAGAACGGCAACCUAUCUAGCAUGUCUUCGACAUUUCAAGGCCAAGGCCUCACCCGACCGGCCGUGGCCUCUUCCUAUAGAUGA